AUGGGCAAGGUUCACGGCUCCCUCGCGCGUGCCGGUAAGGUCAAGUCGCAGUGCCCCAAGGUCGAGAAGGCCGAGAAGCCGAAGCAGCCCAAGGGCCGUGCCCACAAGCGGCACCUGUACAACCGCCGCUUCGUCAACGUCGUCAUCGGCCCCGGCGGCAAGCGGCGCGCCAACGCCCAGGGCUCCCUGGUCGCUUGA